AUGGAUUUCCCAAACGAGUCCUGGUAUGACGGCGGCUAUGACAACAAGACCCUCAACGGCUCCGACGCCGCAGGGAAGACGCACCACUACAAUUACUACGCGAUGCUCCUCACACUCCUCAUCUUCGUCAUCGUCUUCGGCAACGUGCUGGUGUGCAUGGCGGUGUCGCGGGAGAAAGCCCUCCAGACAACCACGAACUACCUGAUCGUCAGCCUUGCCGUCGCGGACCUGCUGGUGGCUACGCUGGUGAUGCCCUGGGUGGUCUACUUGGAGGUGGUUGGCGAGUGGCGAUUCAGCCGCAUCCACUGUGACAUCUUUGUCACCCUGGACGUCAUGAUGUGCACAGCGAGCAUCCUCAACCUCUGCGCUAUCAGCAUUGACAGGUACACCGCUGUAGCCAUGCCGAUGGUUUAUAACACUCGCUACAGCUCCAAGCGCAGAGUCACGGUCAUGAUUGCGGUAGUGUGGGUUCUCUCUUUCGCCAUCUCCUGCCCAUUGCUUUUUGGACUGAACAAUACAGAGAAGAAUGAGUGUAUCAUUGCCAACCCUGCCUUUGUUGUGUAUUCCUCUAUCGUCUCCUUCUACGUUCCCUUCAUUGUCACCCUGCUGGUGUACAUGCAGAUCUACAUAGUGCUACGGAAGCGUAGGAAGCGGGUCAACACGAAACGCCCCCUCGCCCACACUGGCCUGGAGUCUGACGCACAGGCCCCGCUGAAGGACAAAUGCAGUCACCCAGAAGAUGUCAGGCUCUGCCCUCUCGUCAUGAAGACCAAUGGGAGCUUCCCAGUUCAUAAGCGGAAAGUGGUGAGUGUUGCCAGCUUGCACGCCAGGAGAGGACAAAGUGCAGAGAUGGAGAUGGCCACCAGCACCAGCCCACCGGAGAAGAGCAAGCACAAGCCAUACGUGCUGGGCAAGGGCGACCGAGACAUUCCAGCCACUUCCAAACUGUGUGCUAAUUCAACUCUGCAGGCUCCUGCAGACGGCUUGCCGAAAGUAGAGAAGAACGGGCAUACGAUGGACAACCCCCAAACUACCAAGGUCUUUGAGAUCCAGACAAUGCCAAAUGGCAAGACCAGGACCUCCCUCAAGACCAUGAGUAGGAGGAAGUUUUCGCAGCAGAAGGAGAAGAAAGCCACUCAAAUGCUUGCUAUUGUACUAGGUGUCUUCAUCAUCUGCUGGCUCCCUUUCUUCAUCACCCACAUCCUGAACAUGCAUUGCCACUGCGACAUCCCCCAGGUGAUGUACAGCGCCUUCACAUGGCUCGGGUACGUCAACAGUGCUGUCAACCCCAUUAUCUACACCACCUUCAACAUUGAGUUCCGAAAGGCCUUCAUGAAGAUCCUGUACUGCUAG